AUGAGUCUUCGGUUCAUAUUUCUCUCUUACCAUCUCCAUAGCUCCACAAUCAUAUCUCUGAGCAUUUUCAGUACCUUUUUCUCUCUCUCUCUCUCGCUCUCAUCUUCAGCCCAUCCACUGCUUUAAAACCCAAGAAUUAUAUUUCAACUCCAAAAAAAAAAAUUAAAAAGAAAUAAAUUUGCUUUUCUUGAUCGUUAUAUAUUUUCUUCUGGGCAACUGAAGGGAGUAAGUGCUGCAGUGAGAUCAUUCAAUUCCCUCAUAGAUUUUCUCCAACUUCAAUUCUCAAGCAGUUAGAGGAGAGGAUCGAGAAAUAAGGAAUUGGAAUUUUGAGGUCAAAAUAAAAAUGGUUACGAAUGGCACAGUUAAAUGUAGCCCUAUGAAGGCAACCUCUAAUGGUUCAUUUCAAGGAGACAGUCCCUUAGACUAUGCCCUUCCUCUGCUAAUUCUGCAGAUAUGUCUGGUCGUUGUUCUCACCCGAGUGCUCGCCUAUAUUCUCCGACCACUCAGACAGCCUCGCGUCAUUGCUGAGAUUAUUGGAGGGGUUUUGCUUGGUCCAUCGGCGUUAGGGAGGAACAAAGACUAUCUGAAUACGGUGUUUCCUCCGAGGAGCCUGACGGUGUUAGAUACCUUGGCGAAUCUGGGUCUCCUGUUCUUUCUGUUUCUUGUGGGGCUUGAGCUUGAUCCCAAGUCGCUUCGUAGAACGGGGAAGCAGGCUUUAAGCAUCGCCCUAGCAGGGAUCAGCCUUCCAUUUGCGUUAGGAGUGGGGACGUCAUUUGUGCUCCGAGGAACAAUCGCGGAAGGAGUGAAGCAGGGCCCGUUUCUCGUCUUCAUGGGGGUGGCACUUUCCAUCACAGCAUUCCCAGUUUUAGCUCGUAUCCUCGCCGAGCUCAAGCUCUUAACCACCGACGUCGGGCGAAUGGCCAUGUCCGCCGCCGCGGUUAACGACGUGGCGGCGUGGAUUCUGCUGGCUCUCGCCAUCGCCCUCUCGGGGACAGGCCACUCCCCCCUGGUUUCACUCUGGGUGCUCCUUUGCGGGGCUGGGUUCGUGCUCCUUUGCAUACUCAUCGCCCCUCCGGCAUUCAACUGGAUGGCGCGGCGGUGCUCGGAAGGGGAGCCGGUGAAUGAGCUAUACGUGUGUGCGACACUGGCGGCGGUGUUGGCUGCCGGGUUUGUGACCGACACGAUUGGGAUUCAUGCGUUGUUUGGGGCUUUUGUGGUGGGUGUUCUUGUCCCCAAAGAAGGGCCGCUCGCCGGUGCUCUGGUUGAGAAAGUUGAGGACCUUGUUUCCGGGCUGUUCCUCCCUUUGUACUUCGUGUCCAGUGGGUUGAAGACCGACGUUGCCACCAUCCGAGGGGCGCAGUCUUGGGGGCUUCUGGUUUUAGUCAUCGUCACGGCGUGUUUCGGAAAGAUUGUUGGCACUAUUAUUGCCUCUGUCCUGUGCAAGAUGCCUUUAAAUGAGGCUCUAAGUCUCGGCUUCUUGAUGAACACCAAAGGUUUAGUGGAGCUCAUUGUCCUCAACAUUGGAAAAGAUAGAGGGGUGCUGAAUGAUCAAACGUUUGCUAUAAUGGUGUUAAUGGCUCUGUUCACCACCUUCAUCACGACACCAUUAGUGAUUGCAGUAUACAAACCGGCGAAAAUGGCGGUGACGGAAUACAAGCGGAGAUCGGUACAAACCAAGAAGGAUUCGAGCGGACAACUCCGAAUCUUGGCAUGUUUCCACAGCACUCGGAAUAUCCCUUCGCUCAUAAAUCUCAUCGAGGCUUCUCGGGGCACGGAGAAGAGGGAGCUCAGGGUCUACGCCAUGCACCUCAUGGAGCUCUCCGAGCGGCCCUCCGCCAUUCUGAUGUGCCACAAGGCCAGGAAGAACGGGCUGCCGUUCUGGAACAAGGGCGCCAUUACCGAUUCCAACCAGAUCGUCGUCGCUUUCGAGACGUUCGAGCAGCUCAGCAAGGUGUCUAUCCGCCCCACCACCGCCAUCUCCGCCCUGUCCAGCAUGCACGAAGACGUCGCCCAGUGCGCCACGCAGAAGAGGGUGGCCAUGGUCAUCCUCCCCUUCCAUAAGCACCAGAAGCUCGACGGGCAUUUCGAGACGACCCGGAACGAAUUCCGGCAUGUCAACCGGCGCGUGCUCGAGUACGCGCCGUGCUCGGUCGGUAUCCUGGUGGACCGAGGGCUGGGCGGAACGUCGCAUGUCUCCGCUAGCAACGUUGAUUACUCCAUCACCGUCUUAUACUUCGGCGGCCACGACGACCGUGAAGCGCUCGCCUACGGCGAGCGCAUGGCGGAGCAUCCCGGUAUCAGUUUACAGGUGGCCCGCUUCAUAUUAGACCCGGAGAUCGCCGCGCAAAGCGUCACACUAGACGUGAACCAAGAAACAAGAUCCUCGGAGGACGAUGAAGGCUUCCUGGCGGACUUCAAGCAGAGAACGAUGAAGAACAAAUCGGUGAAGUACGUGGAGACGACAGUGAAAAACGGCGCAGAGGCGAUCGAAGCGAUUAAGGGGUUCAGUCGUUGCAAUUUGUUGGUGGUGGGAAGAGUGGCGGAAGGGGAGAUAGUGGCGGCGUUGGGGAAGAAGGGUGAGUGCCCGGAAUUGGGACCGGUGGGGAGCUUGUUAACUUACCCAGACUUCCCAACAACGGCUUCGGUUCUUGUGGUUCAGCAGUACCGCCCGGAGCUGUCGCUAAACCAUUUGAAUUCGCUCAAAGAUGGAGACUCGACAGAAGGGGAUAACUAUGAUUCAGCUUGAAUUGACUUCACUCCCUACACACUACUGUGCUACUGCUCAUCUUUCACUAACAAAUAAGAUGGAGAUAUAUCUGGAUGGGCUUUUAAUUAACAUACACAAUAUGUAUACUUUUAAUUGAAAACCAACUAAAGUAUCUCAAAUCUUUACUUGUUUUUAUAUGGAAAAUGAUAUUUGUACUCU